UUUGUUUAUUGAAUAUAGCGUUGAAUGCAUUGAAUCGAUUGAAAAAUCCCUGAAAUCGAGUAAUAAAUGCAAAAUAAUUGCAAAUUCAUAACAAAACUGUGAAUUCAUUGCAAUUUUUAGUCACUGUUUAACUAAAUAAUCGUUUCAUUUAUGAGGAAAUAAAACACAUUUCAAUCGCAUAACUGUUUUCUCUCAUAAUUUUGUUUUUUUAUAAUUCAAAUCAUUAUAUUUGUGAUCAAAACAUUAGUUUUUAAUCGAUAGAAAUCACAUGAAAUGUCGUCAAAAGCGGACAUCAAAAGUGAUUCAGUGAUCAAUGCGGACGAUACGAGUUUAUACACACUUUUGUCGGUAAUGUUCGGGUCUCCGGUCAAUGUUAUCCUCACUGUUGUCAUCGCAUAUCUUGUGUACCGACUCAUCAAAGGCCGCACUCGACAAACCAGACCCGAAUCGGAGGAAGAAGUGUUCAAAUUGCCGGAACCGUUGCCCAAACACGACAUGACAUUAGAAGAGUUGAGUAAAUACGACGGCAAAGGAGCCGACAAAAGGAUUUGUAUCGGAAUUCUCGGCAAAGUCUACGACUGCACCAAAGGACACCGUUUCUACGGUCCGAACGGUCCAUACGCACCACUUGCCGGUCACGACGCGACCCGUUCUCUGGCACUCUUUGAUGUUGAGGCCAUCAAAAGCGAAUGGGACGACGUGUCGGAUCUGACACCUUAUCAAAUGUCAUCAGUCAAUGAAUGGAUGGAACAGUUCUCCGAACGCUACGACUAUGUCGGCCGAUUGGUUCGCGAUUCCAGCGAAAAGAGUGAUCACAUCGGCGACGAUGACGAGGGCGAACCCGCCGAUGAACCCACAGAUGAGACCAAGAGUGGCCAACAGUGACCGCCCGGUGUGCAUGACAUGUGUGCGCGCGGGACCACCGAAUCAAUUGUUAUACUAUAGUCCAUAAAAUAUCACAAAUAUUUUUGAAUAACUUUAUAAUACAUUCUUAAUCUAUGGGUUUUUGUUAUCUUAGUUUCAGUUUUUUUAAAUUUAUUUUUAAAUCGGUUUUCAUUCACC